AUGAGAUGGGAAAAGAUAUUAAUCAAACCAGGAAAAAAAAUGGAUAGUUUGUUAGCGUCAUAUCGGAGAGAGAGGCAACGCGAAGGAACUAGUGGUCAUUCUGGAGCUGGAACGAAUGAAAUAUACCAUUCAAAAUGGUUUGCGUUUGCAGAAAUGCAAUUUUUAAAUGACAAAUUCAAACCUCGGACUACUACUGAUACAACAAUUAACCCACAUGCCACACACAUCGAACAAGAACAUGAAGAACCACAUGAAGACGUUGAAAUCGUGGAAGAUCAUAGUGAACGUUACACAAAUGAUGAACAACCUCAAAAAGAAAAAGUUUUUGUUUCACCCAAAAAAACAAAAGGAUUAAAAAGAAAAAAAGAACAGGAAGACCCUAGGAUAUCAGAAACGUAUCAAAUAAUAAAAGAAAUUUCCAAUAAAAGGCAAACACCAAAAGUGAAGAGCGACAGUAUUAUUUUCGGUGACUAUUUUGCCAGUAAACUGGAAUUAUUUGAUCAACGCACUAGGACAAUACUUCAACAUCAAAUAAGUAGUCUCAUUUGCUCCACUGAAAUUAACUAUAUUCAUAACAACCCUGGCAACCAAACUCUUCAAGUCAAUAUUAAUAAUCAGCCUACAGCUAAUACAAUGUCAUUUUCAUCUCCACUGUCAUCACCAAGUUCAUCAUCUCUUCACUCAAUAUCUACCAUUCAACCACAGUCACCAUAUUACCCUUCAACAGUGCAGCAGCUUUAUCAUCAAGAAACAUCUAACUUCCCAAGUAUAUACGACUAUCAGUAUCAGCAAACACCAAAUAUCCAUGGUACAUCUGCUGAUAUCAAUGCUUCAGAAACUAUACUAUCCGGUGACUUAAAUACUACGUCAAAUAUAUAA